CAAUUUUGUAACUGUCAGUUGUCAUCUAUCAUUCGAAUAAUUGACAAUUGAGGUUAUCUUUUUCAAGCGUCGUUUUAUAUUUUUGAAAAUAGAAUUAACAAAUUGGGUGAACAAUGUCGAAAGCGCAUCCUCCAGAGUUAAAAAAAUUCAUGGACAAAAAGUUGUCUUUGAAGCUGAACGGGGGCCGACAAGUAACGGGAAUCUUACGAGGAUUUGAUCCCUUCAUGAAUUUGGUAGUUGACGAGUCCGUAGAAGAUUGUAGGGAUGGUUCAAAAAAUAACAUUGGUAUGGUGGUGAUAAGAGGCAACAGUAUUGUUAUGAUAGAAGCCCUAGAUCGAAUCUAAUCUUACAUUAUCUUUUAAGUUAAUUUCUUAGCUAAGCAAUAUUUUAUAAGGAAUGGAAUUAUAAUGAAUAAAACAAACAAUAAACCUUGUCAA